AUGACUGAGACGACGAAUCAUGCUGCUAAGGGGAUCUUUCUGAGAGUUUAUGAUGGACUCUUUGGAGCUGGAGAUCCUCUAACCAAUGAACCAACCAUUGAUUAUAAUAAUACUUUCCAUAAUAAUAAUAGUACAGUAGAUGUAAAUAGAAGAAAUUCCGAUUAUGAAAGCACGAUCGAUUCCACAAGAGAAUUCCAGAUGUUUCUGCGGGCAGAACCAACCGGUAAAGAGGGCGCCUCAAAACCAUAUCGAGAUUUAUUUGAACGUACACAUCAAGAUUGGUAUGAUGAUGAUUUAGAUCGAGAUUUGGAGCUGAUAUACAAGCUGCAUGACAACACAGCUAUGAAAUUAGACAGUCUACCGAAUAAUUACCCCGGUAGGUUUCAAGAAGAAUGGAAACAACCUCCAGUGCAUCAUACCGAUAGACGAGAACAAUUUCUGAGUAGAGUAGUGGAUCAUGACGACAAGACUCGUAGUCGUCAUGAAUCCUAUUCACAUAGAGAAUUGAAUAAUAAUAAUAAUAAUAAUAAUACUAAUAAUAAGUCUAGUGGCAUAUCGUCAAGGAAUAGUACCAAUCGUCAACUUGAACAAUUAGAACGUGAGAUCGAUCAAGAUGAACAAUUACGAUUGGCCUUGUUGAAUAAAAGAUUAAACUCUAAAGACGAUGAAAAUAUUAUUAAGCACAAAGAAUUAGAAUCUAUUUUAACGUCAAUUGAAUCUAAAAAUGAAUUUUUGACGGAAUUGAAUCAAUUAAUUGAUCUUAAUAAUAAUAAAGAUUUAAAAUCUGAGUUAGAAAUAAAGUAUAAUGAAUUAUACAAUGAAUAUACUGAAGAGUUGGUGAAAUGCAACAAAUUUUAUGAGGCAUAUUAUAAGUUGGCCUUCCAAUAUAGAGAGCUACGUAAGGAGGCUUUAGUCGUGAAGCCUAGUGUUGAUACCACCACUUUGUUAGAAAAUAUUAAAUUAAUUAAAUCAAUUUCUACAAAUCCACUGAUUGUGGCAAAAUGUGAAAUCAUUUUACAUGAAGUCAAGAAAUUUAAGCUAAAAUUAACCGAGCAAGAAUCAAAAAUUGAUCAAUUACAAUUGGAAAAUAUUCAUUUGAAACAAAAAUGUGUAAAUUAUCAAGAAGAAUUGAAAUUAGCUCAAGAACGGAUAGAAAAAUUAGAAAGGAGACAUUCUCUUGCAGCCAGCAAACAUUGA